AUGAGUUUAUUCGGAGCGCCGAAGCCCGCUGGGCAGACGGGCGGUGGCCUUUUCGGCGGUGGAGGAUUUGGCAGCACCUUGGGGCAGUCGACGCAGCAGCCGCAGCAGCAGCAACAGCAACAGCAACCAGCCCAGCAGCAGGGCGGCCUCAGUCUGUUCGGCCAGCCGCAGCAGAACCAAGGAAGCACCCUCGGCUUCGGGCAGUCUUCUGCCCAGCCUCAGCAAGGCCAACAACAACAGCAGCAGCAGCAGCAGCAGCAGCAGAUGCCCAGCCUGUCGCAGUCGCAAGCGCAGCUGUCCAGCUCACUCUGGCAGCCUGGCAGAGACACACCUCAGAACCAAAAGCCCAUACCCGAGCAGAUGGCCCUCAUCAUCGAGAAGUGGAACCCCACGAACCCCAACUGCGCCUUCAAGCACUACUUCUACAACAAGGUCGACGAGGCCGCGGUGCCCUUCUACAAGCCCGGCCCGCACGAGGACCCCAAGGAGUGGGAGGAGGCGCUGCAGAAGAAGCCCGCGCCGGGCUUCAUCCCCGUCCUCUGCACGGGCUUCAACGGCGUCGCGGCGCGCCUGCAGACGCAGAAGAAGGUGGUUGGCGAGCUCAACGUGCGCCUGCACCAGAUCAACGCGAGCCUCGACGCGAUCCUGUCGCGGCACGACCUCGAGACGAGCGUGCGCGCGCUGGCGGCCCGUCGGCGGCACGUGGUCCUGCGGGAGCGGUGCCUCGCGCUCGCGGCGCGGGUGCAGGUGCUGCGCAACCGCGGGUACGCGAUGAGCGGGGACGAGGACGACCUGCGGCUGAAGCUGGCGGAGCUGGAGCGCAGCGUACAGGACCCGGCGCUGGCGGCGAGGGAGGAGGAGCUGUGGAGCAGACUGAUUGUGUUGAGGGACUAUGCGGACCAGCUGAUGAAGGAGGCGAACAAGCCUGCCUUUGCGAGCGGCGAGGGUCUGAACGAGGAGACGGAGCACAAGGCGAAGAAGGUAUUGGAAGACUACGAGAAGCAGAUUCAGCACCUCAAGAAGGAGGUCGAGUCGAUCACAAAAGACUUUGAGCAGUGGGAGAAGGAGCGUAACCCUUCGUCAUGA